AGUCCCAUUAAAUAAAGUCUAUUCUAGAAACUAAUUGACAUACACAUGAAAAGAUGGCUAGAUCUAGAUCAAGAUCUCCCAGGUGGAAACACAGGUCAUUGUCGCCAGCAUUUAGGAGCCCAGAACACCAUAGACAAAGGCAUGCUCAUAUUAAUUAUGACUGUGACUAUAAAGGAUUUAGGAAGGAUCUAAAGAAACCUAUGUCUUGGAGAGAAGAAGAUGGGAAAUAUGGACAGAGCAAUUCUAGAUUUGUAUCACAUGGAAAUAUCCACCACAGAAUUUACGAACAUAGAUCACCUUCACCAAACUUAAAAAGAAUUCCUUUAGAGGAUACAUAUAGUCAUAAACCUUACAGAACACAUUCAUCAGAGAGAAGUGAAAGCAACAAGAGAUUCCAGUUUCCACCUAAAUACUCAGAAAUACCCUACAAAGAAUAUGACCGACCCCUUUACCCUCACAAAAUGCAAGAAAGGUAUAUAUCUGAGGACUUAAGAGUCACUGGAGAUGGGAAAGGAAUUAAACCUUUUCACAGACCAUUGGGGGCCUCAGGUAAAUUUGAAAGAAAAUGGCAUGAAGCUGAAAUAAGACACCAGAAGUUACAAGAAGACAAAUAUGGUCAGUCACUCCGAAGAGCUUCUGAAGAAUUUACGACCAGGAACUCUUUGCAGAAGAGGUAUCCUGAAGAUCGUGAUUACAGAGAGCAUGGGCAUACAUCUAAAAGAGCUAAAGAAAUUGAGAGAGAUGACGGAGAAAUAGCAAGAAAUCAGAAAUGGAAGCAAGAUCGUUCUUUUCCACCCUACCAAAAAAAAGAGGAGCAAAGAAACCUUGGUUCUCAACCUCAUCGGUCUGCUGAAAAGGAGUAUACAAAGAGUUCUGUUACAAAGCUAGCAUAUGACUAUAGUCACAAACAUCAUAGACACCUUGAUGGGGCAAAAUCUUUUUCUGAUGAUAGAGCUCAGAAGUAUGUAAAGCAGGAAGACCAAAAUUAUAAUUUUCCUAAGGGUGCUCGGAAUAGCAAAGAGUUAGAUCAUUGUAGUGGUGGAAGAGUAAGACGGACUGAAGAAGGAAAUAAUGAAACAACCAUUAAGUAUAGUUCAGAGAAGAGCUGCAAUGCAUGUGCUAACUCUUACAAAAAUGAUGUUGAUCUGAGACCCUUUAGUAACACAAAGAAGGAAAGAGUAAGGAAUGAAGGGGAUUUCAGAAAAAAAAUGGAUUCUUCCAAUAGCCAUCAUGACACAAAUCAUACAGUUUCCGAUGUGAAAAUGUCAGAUGUCACACCUAGAAAGGAGCUGCUCACAAUCAAAGUGGAUAUGAAAAAAAUAAUAAACAAGUACAGGACUACUUCUAGCCAUACUGUGGAGCGGCAGAUGUCACAUGAUCUGGUUGCUGUUGGCAGGAAAAAUGAAAAUUUUCAUCCAGUGUUUGAACAUAUGGAAUCUGUAACACAAAAUGCUGAGAGCAACCCAUCAAAAGAAUUUACUCAGGAAAUUAUCACAAUCAUUCAUCAAGUUAAAGCAAAUUAUUUUACAUCUUCUGACCUAACUUUAAAUGAACGCUUCUCAAAAAUUCAAGAUAAACCAGUUGUAAAUUUAAAUGAAGUUAAGAUAUAUUCAGAUCCAGAAAUUCACAGGCGAAUUGAUAUAUCUCUGGCAGAACUUAAGAAUAAGCGAGGUAUGCCAUGUGAAUCUGAACAGACUAUUGUAAGAAUUCUAGAAGAUCCAAAUGAUCUACGGCAUGAUAUAGAGAGAAGGAGAAAAGAGAGGCUGCAGAAUGAAGAUGAGAGAAUGUUUCACACAGACAGUGUAGUUCAAAGGAACGAUCACGAUUGCAGCUUUUCAAAAUUACAGAACUCUCGAAUUGAUGGAUUCCAAAAAUCUAUAAGAUUCAUAAAGCCACCUUUCAGAAAAUUUAUUAGAAAACCUCUCAUGAAUUCUUAUUAUGCUGCAAAAACCAAUGACAUCUUUACUCACAGACCAUUUGGAGGACACCUUGACAAUGCAAGGCCCUUCAGAAGACCUUUUAAGAACAAUUUUACAGAUGGCCGAUUGCAGCACAGUUAUAAAUCAGGCUUAGUACAGAAGGGUUUAUAUAUUCAGGCUAAGUACCAGCGGCUACGUUCUGCUGGUGUAAGGGGAUUUACCACUUAUAAAUUCAAAGAAGGAUUUUUGAGGAAAGAAAAGGAACAGUCAGGCAUUGCCACAGAAACCUGAACUAUUAUCCUGAAGUGGAGUACAUACAAUAACACGGCAAGGGAGCAUCAGUUUGUUUUUGACAACUUUGUCGGGAAUUAAAAGGGGAGAAAUGAACUAACACUGUAACUGUCUUGAUAAAAUAACUAUUUUUCAGUAGUGGAAUGCUGCAGAACUUUUUUACACUUUUAAUAAUUGCUUUUAAAUUACAGCAUUCAAUUGAAAAGUUGUAAUAUGGUACCUUUAGUUCCUUUUGCAGGAAGUCUCAAAAAAUUGAAAGGAGUCUUAUUUAUUGAAUACUUUUUCUCUAAGCAUGAUUUUAUGACUAGAACUUGAGUUGUUAUACCCAGAGGUUUAUAUGUUAAAGAGUUUAUUGCUUACAUAAUAAAAAAAGGAAAAAAAUGUGCCUGAAUUAAUUCAGUGAUAACAUAUUGGCUCAGGACACUCCAAACAAUGACUUCUUAGGUUGUUCAGUAGAGUUUAUAGCUCUCUUCAGUGAUUUUCUUAAAACAAUCUUUUGUAUUUCAUUUUUGCUUUAUACUUAGUGGGUUUUUAUAUAUAUAAAUUUGUAAAUAGAAAAAUUGUAACAGUGUCCAACAUUUGUUAGAAAUCUAUAAUGGUAUGUAGGUAUGUCAUGUAUUACAUGGCUGUAGCUUAUAACCACACAGCGAUGUUUGGGUUAGUUAGAAGACUGGUUGACAGUAAGCAGAAAUAUUCUGUCACUUUUUCCACACACAUCAUUUUGUGAUUAAGCAACACAUUGUCUUAUCUUCUGCUAUAAGUGACUUCCUUGAUUCUAAAAAUGGACUUAAAGAUAUGUAACAGAUAAGAGGAGUUUUUAAAAGCAUUAUCUAAAACAGCUCCAUAUAACUGAAACAAUAUUAAAAAAAUUCUAAUUUUUUUUAUUAAAAUCCUAUUCAUUUUCCACAUUUAGCACCCUCAAUAUUAUGCUGAAUGCAAAAAUCAAGCAAGCUGAUAUGUAAUAGAAUGCUCAGACCUAAGGCCAUAUUGUGUUCAUUUCCCAUUUACAGUUUGAGCCUUAAUCUAGAUGGUGUGUUGUUUUAAAGAUUUAUUUCAGACUUAUUACAAGUAGGCUAAAGAUAUAUAAAAAAAUAAUUUUUCCAGGGGGAACUCCCUAAUUAAUUUUAAGAAGAAAGUUAUUGUCAUCCAAUAUUGUGUAUUUUAAUAAUCUCUAACAAAAUAAUAAUAGCCAUAAGAGUACACAUUAGAAUCUCAUUUAUGGAAUGUAUUCAGAAAGCUGACACGGCAUGUGAAAAUACAAAGGAAAACACUUAGCUUUUUGGAAGAUCAGUUUAUAAACUGUACAUACUGCAUGAUUUUUCCAGAUGCCUUCAGUAAUAGGAGUAUUUGACUUAUUGAAACUCCUAAACCAUGGUUCAACUGUAAAAUGGUUAAUAUGCUGAAAUCUUCCUAAAAACUUUGAAAUACACUUUGGUACAUAGGUUAGUCCUCAUGUAGGAUAAUGUUCAGUACUCAUUAGCAGGGCUUGCCAAGCGGCAGUGAGCCCCGUUCGCCAGCUGCGCAGUUCUGCGCUCUGUGCAUGCGCAGAUUGCUCUGCGCCGGCUCUUCCGGGGUGUAAUCUACUCACCACAGGUGAGUAGAUUACAUUGUUUGUCGAGCCCUGCUCAUUAGUAUAACUAUGAUUCACUUAAAGCAUGGGUGGGCAAUAAUUUUUGAAAGGGGGCCACUGAAGUGGCUGCGAGCCAACCUGGAAGGGACGGGGCCUUGGGUUGAGAGCUACCUUACCAAGAGCUUUGCUUGGCUUGGAGUCCCUACCCCCUGACUUCUGGCCAAUGGAAGGGACCUGGAGCAGAUGGCAGGGUGCUGGGGCUAGCCUCCUCCCAGAGUUGUCUGGGGUGGAAACUUAGAAUUCACAUAACAUGGCUGGCAGCUCCUGGCUCCUGUGCUAAUUUGUUUCCUGGAAGGCACCUAUCAGGCACAAGCCCUUUGCAUAGAAGAAGUUGAAAGGGCUUGCACCUCCCGGGCAGCUCCCAGGCAAUGGGCCUGUGGAACCGAGAGCUGCAAGGGUUUUCAGUUGAUUCUAUUUAAAGGGCUUGCGCCUGCCGGGUGGCUGCCAGGCAACACAGCUGCCCAGCAAGCGCGAGCCCCUUAAAUAGAAGGAGUUGAAAAGGCUUGUGCAUCUCUGGCUCCCAGGCAACACACUAGGGGGUGGGACCUGGAACUGCCUCGCAGGCUGGAUCAAAACCCUAGGUGGGCCUGAUCCAUCCCACUGAGAGGGUUUUGCCCACCCCUGAAUUACAGACUUAAAUGUUGUCUUCUGUGAGUGUUUCCAAGAGCUGAGUGUAGGAUUUAGGUAAUGCACAUAUUCUUCUCUGUUGUUUAGAAAUCAUACUACUUUUUCAGGAACUUUUAGUAUGUAUAAGCCAAACAGAAAGCAUUUCUUUGUAAUAGUAAAUAUUAGAUUGUCUACAGUGAACCUGUCCAAAUUUUGGCCCGAUUUGUGCUCAAAUUGUCCAACAGUUGUGCUGUUUCUGAAUGUGGAAAACUAUCUGUAAACAAACAUACACACAAUAGAUUGUGAACUGAUGAAAGAGCAUUGCUUUAUGGGGCAGUACGAUGUUGUAUUACUGCUGAAAGGUUUUCAUUAAUGUUUUCACAAAAGUCCUGAACAAAAAUUAUAUUUUGAGUCAAAUAGAAAAAAUGGUUAUAUGAGACAACUCCUUCAUAUGUGAUAAAGGAAUUUGAUACUGUUGUGGGAAUACACAAUAUUGGUGUAGCUAGACAUCUAAGUUCACACAUUUAAUGUAAAAAUUCCAGUUUUAGAAAUAUGACUUCUUAGCUGACUAGUAUGUUUUGCUGAUUAUACAUAUGACACUGGGUAGCUUUAUUUUGUACUUCAGACAUUUCUGUGCACGGUUUUAAAAGACAAUUGAUGGUAACACAUUGCACAUGAUAAAUAUUUUAGACUGUAGGCAUUGUAAUUUUAUAAACUUUUUCUAGGCAGUUGGUGUCAAACACUGAUAAGUCAUUGUUCUUUGAUUUGCUUUGACAUGCUUUUCUUAAAAGCUCAUCACUUGUACAAAUUGUUGUUUACUAAUAAUUAAGCAAUGCUAAUUCAAGAUUCUUCUGCAUUAGUUUAAUAAAUUGGGUGUAGAAAUAUUUUAGCCUACAGGGUUUUACAGAAAUAUAUUUGCAUUCUAGGUCUUUUAAAACAGUCUUACUGGCUACUUGCUGUUAUUCAGUGAUCUAGCUGUGUUGCAAAGCAUGUGCUGUUCUGCUAAUUGGGGGAAUGUUGCAGAGAUGACUCCCUUCACAUUGUGGAAAAACUUAAUUACAUAUUGUGUGAUAACAAAUCUUUAUACGCAAAUGUACACACACACACACUCACACACACACACACACACACGGUCAGUAUUGCACAUUUGACUGAUUUCUGUGUCAGAGGGAUACACCUGCUGAGAAUAACAGACUGAAAUAUCAAAAGGUGGAAGAAGGAAGUUGGUGAGUUUUAUAAGAAAAAUGAGACCAUAAAAAAUAUUUGGUGCCUUAACACUGCAUUAAGGGAAAUAACCUCUUGCUGUACAAAAAGAAAAUGUCAUUCUUAAAAUUAGUUUGAUGGAAAUGUGGGCAGGAGACACAUGUGGAUUACAAUAGCCACUUUGUUUCAUGAUGCAAGUAAUUCUCAGCCUCCAUAUUGUAGCUUACCUAAAAGGCAGAAUACAUAUGUACUUUUAUUGGAAAAGCCAAUUGAUACUACUUUUGUGAAGUGCUAGCUAUUGAAUAUGUAAUUAAGUGUGACAGCCAUUCUUUUUAAUUUUCUUUAAAAUUGUGUAGAUCUUUAUUGUUAAAUUGCUUUCAGUCAUCUCAAAAUGACUAUACUAGAAUGAUGCUUGUCAUAUUCCAAAUAGGUAUUUUUAUAAAAUGAUAUGUUUAAAUUAUUCUUCACCGGUGUCCAAAAAUGCAGAGUUAAUAUGAUCAAAGUUUCAUUUUUCAGUGUGUAAUUGCUUUGGCGCAUACAUUUCUGAGCAAUUGAAAUUGUACAUUGCAUGGCUAUACCCCUAAAUUAAUCUUUUGGAACUUUUGAUGGUCAGACUCCCAAAGUUAAAAACAUUGUGGUAGUUAGUUGUAAAAUUAGAGAGCCAAUGCACUAGUAGAGCUCUGCCUUAUUCUCUUGUGUGUGAUUUAUUUUUAAGAACUUUUCAAAAUUCAACCAUUUACUUUAUGUAAAGGACUUGGUUAUAUCCAGGUUUCGAGACAAGAAGACUACCUCAAUGCAGAUGACUAAUUUCUUUGGGGAUCCACCUGAAGGCCCAGUCUGGACUCUAAUUAUACCUAGCUGUCAUCUUCUUUUCCACGGCCUCUGGAUGAAACAGACAUUCAGCUUCCUCUCUCUGAGCUUAGAGGUACACAGAGAAGCAAAAGGUUGAAGGUCUUUGUGAAACUCAAUAGCAAAGUAAGACCUUUCAAAACUGGCUUUUCAGCCCUUGGAAAAAUGCAUCUCCAUCUUGACUCAGACGUGGUGAACAGAGAGAGGGGGGAUUCGGUAGAGUGAUUAAGAUACCCAUGGUAAGUGAUAAGGAUGACUUCGAAAAUACACUUGGCUUUUCAGUAUUCACCUCAGAGGACAGAAACAGCAUACAGUCUUUAUUAAAGUGUGCUUUAUCCGCUGGAAGAAUCUCCUUUUCCAAAGCCUUAAGAGACAGCUUGCCUCUGUUUAAACUGAUAUUAUUGCCACCCUUGCCAAGUUUUCUAUAUGUCUUGGUAAAAGCAAAAAUCUUAGAAUUUAUACAUCUCCCAGUGCAGGAAGAAUGGGCAAAAACUUAGUGCCUAGAUAUGUGCACAUAUCUCUUGCCUGUGACAUGACUUUAUUCUAUUGGUGCAAUAGGAAGAUACUUGGUGCUUCAGAAUUCCUGCAAAAAUAAAUUGCUAUAAAUAUAAUUUAAAAAUAGCAACUGCAAGAACUAUGAAUGCUUACCUACAGCUGUCUAACUCCUCAUUAGACUUUUAGGAAGCAGUUGAAUGUUGACCACAGUCUCAUCUCAGUCUUGGGUAAGAGAAAAUUUCAGUGAUAAGGAAUUGACAUAACCACUUUUAUAACAAAGUGCUUAGCCUGAUUCUUGAGUAAGUGCUUAGGCAUGUGACUUUUAGCACAGCCUAGUGCCUCCUUACUUUCUUCAUUUGCUUUCUCACCAAACACUAUACUAGUCAUUGCUCUGAAUCUUGUCUGAGUCAUUUAUCUCACAUUGUCUUGAAAUGUUGGUGUAAUAUUCUGUAAAUAAUUUAGUUUCUAAUCUUACUUUGUGACUGAUUUCUUUUUCUCAUGAUUUUUUUAUUCCAGCUAAUGGGGUUUGGAAGAAGGGCUUUCCCAUUGAGUUGCUGCUUAAGUAAGCAAUCCUUGGAACAACAAAAGCUCUUUUUCUGUGGUUAGACAUUAUCAACGAUUUUCCAUCCAGCAGGGAUGUGCCUAACUGUCCAUUUUUAAUAAAUGUUUAAAGUAAACCCCAUCUGUACUGCAGUUCCUCUCCAUUAAACCUUUUAAAAUGAAGUUUAAUAUUAUUCCUUGUGGUAUGGAUGGGGCAUAGCAUUAUUUUUAAAUUUCACUAUUAAGUGUAAAACUUACUAAAGUGUGCCUAGUCUCCUGAUGUACGUAGGGACUUUGGAAAAUGUUACCCUAUGUUUAAUAGUUUCCUGGUCAUUAACAUAUGUAUUAACUCUCAAGUAUGCAUUUGUUUGACUAUGUACAGAUACCAUAUUAAUAUACAGAUUGUUUCUAGAAACUAUAAACAGAUAUUUAAACACAUUUUAAGUUUUUAGAGUUGCAAACUGUUUUAAUGAGUUGUUUUAGUAGCAGGAAUUGAUGUGUAUUUACUUCAAGUAGUAUCCAGUUUUCCUUAGAAAAAAUUCUAGAUUCUAUAAAAAUACCUGUGUACUACAUUGCUUUUUUUCUUAAGGCUUCAUCCACUACUCUUUUGUGAACGAAAAUCUUCAAUCCAGUUCUAAUUUUGGAUACAUUUCAUUUCUGGCUAAGAGAAACAAUAUUACCUCCCCUCCCCCCCUAUUUUAUAUUUCUUGUCUUUAUAAUGCCCCAAAAUGUUCUUAAAUUUUUAGAACAAUGUUUGGCUACUGUGAUGGUGGAUACAAUAGGAAACUCUAGGACAGGCUCUGAAUAUAUCACUUAUUCCAUUCAAAAGAUGUUGCUAUAUUCUUUUUUAUUGCUUAUUUGUACACCACUUAUGGGAAGAGUGCAUUUGCUCUGUGUGUGCGUGUGUGUGUGUGUGUGUGCGCGCGCGUACACGUACAUAUUUCUGUUGAAUGCGGUAACAAACUGAAGCCCAUCCAUGUUAUCUUACACAUACUGGAUAGCAAAGUAAAGAUCGGAAAUGAACCAAACUGUUCUGUAGAACCUCUGUGGUUAGUAAUUCCAUUCUCUAACAAUAAUAAUAAUAAUAUAGCAGUCAGAAUAUAUUUCUGAUCACCUUACCAUGAUGGUGAUAGUGAUUGUGAAAUGCUCGCAGAGUUUAGAGAACCCAUUUUAAAAAGUAAUGGGGAUUUCAACUAUCCCCAUAUUGACUGGGUACAUGUCAUUUCAGGACAGGAUACAGAGGUAGUUUCUUGACACCUUUAACUGCUGCUUGGAGCAUCUAGUCCUGGAACCUACAACAGGAGAGGUAAUUCUUGAUUUAGUUCUAAGUGUAGCACAUUAUCUGGUCCAGAGCUGGACAGUUUGGAAAUAGUGACCAUAAAAUAAUGAAAUGUAAUGUCUAGUGGGAAAAGCACCACAACAGUCUAAAACUGUAGAAUUUAAUUUCAGGAAGAAGGACAACACAAAAAUGAGGUUAGUUAGAAAUUAAAAGAUACAGUGCCAAAAGUGAAAUCCCUGUAAGCUGCAUGGAAAGAUGUAUACGCCCAAAUUAAAAAGAAAACCAAAAAAGUGUUAGCAUGAUUAAACAAAGUAAAAGAAGGGGUGUGAGAAAAAAGUAUUGCUUUGAAAGUGGAAGUAAAAUCCUAGUGAGGAAAAUUAGAAGCAUAAACAAUGGCAAAUGAAGUGUAAAAAUUUAAAUAGGAAGGCCAGAAAAUAAUUGGAAGAACAGCUACUCAGAAAUUAGGAGCAAAAAAUUAAGUACAUCAGAAGCUGGGAGCCAAACAACCAGUUGGGCCACUGGACAAUAGAGCACGCAAGCAUGAUAAGGUCAUUACGGCGAAACUAAAUAAAUUCCUUUCCUUGGUCUUACAGAUGAGAGGGUGAAGGAAAUUCCCAAACCUGAGCUAUUAUUUUUAGGUGGCAGAUCAGAGGAACUGUCACAAAUUGGGAUGUCAUUAAAGGAGUGUUUGGAACAAAUUGAUAAACUAAUCUCUCUCUUUGUCUGUCUGUCUGUAGGUCCAUUUGUUCAAGAACUCCUCCUGAACAGUAAAAGCUAGGGCCACCA